GAAAAUAAACAUGUGAUUAAGUAAGCAAAGUUAAAUAGCUCAGAUAUUAAAAUGAUCAAGCAAUAGAAUUUGUCAACAACAAAAUUUUUAGUUUUACGUGUACUAACCAUGCCCAGAAGAAGAAAUUAUGAUCAGCGAAUGGCCGCAGGCCGUUGUGAUGCUUCGGUCAAGCGCACCUGGAACAUGAUCUGCAGUGGAGAAUAUCCCGAAGACAUGACCGACAAGUACGGCGGAUAUUUAUUGAAUGAUGGCGAACCCUACAGCGUAUUCAGCAUGGAAAAGAAACAAACACAUUAUUUGAUUUUCUUUCGCAGUGAAACGAUUGCCAACUGCAAAACUCUGGAGUUUGUUAAUUCUACGUUUUUCCGCUGCUUCGGAGGUGUGGGAAAACCGAAACCUCUCAGCUAUCCCCGUAGUAAAUUGUCGUGCGUCAACUAUUCCUUUCGGAUGACAGAUGAAUUGGUCUCCUAUUGCACCACCAGAUAUUUACCGAGUAAUGAGUUUUCGGCCAUUUUGUAUGCCGAGUAUGAAGAAAAAGUUAAGGAUAAUGCUAGGGAACAUAACUGUAGCUCAUUCUUGAAUAUGAACGUUUGGCUGCUCUUAGUAAUAGUUAUAAUCUCAUUGUUUGUCAUAAUUCGAUUGAGAUAAUAGUGGGGCAGCAUGUAUGUAACCAGAGUAUGUAAUCAACAGAACAAAACAGAUAGUAAACAAUAAUUUAAUUGAACGAUGUAACCAGAGUAUGUAAUAAACAGAUAAACAGAAGAUAUACAAUAA